CCCACAUCACCAUCUUCGUCCCAAAACUCAAAUGUGAAAGUUCUUUCCUUUGGCUCACCAGCCCUGUUGCUGGAUCAUGUCACACAGCAUUGGCAGUCAAAUUUCGUUACAACCGACCUCGACUCAGAUAGACUAGUGAACUACUUCAUCAGGCGCCCUUUCUUCAUGCUAAUUAGCAUAGACGCCCCCAUCUUACAACGUUACCACCGCUGUCACGGUUUGAUAAACAUGGCGACUCUCGAAGACUUCGUGCGGGAACAUGACCGUGAAGUGUUUGGAGACAGAGCACAGCCAGACUCUCCUGAAGGGUUUUCACUACUCCGCCGCGCAAACCCACAGGUCAAACUCAAAAUCGUCAAUUCCUUCGCUUCCAUCGCAGAACUCCAUUAUCACCUGGAUUCUUUAGAUAUCACAAAUACAAAUCGACUUAGACCUCAAUGGGAUACCUAUUUUAUGACGCUCGCAGAUCUUGCUUCGCAACGCUCCAACUGUAUGAAACGCCGCGUAGGCGCCAUACUUGUCCGCGAAAACCGUAUUGUUUCCACAGGUUAUAACGGCACUCCUCGGGGUGUCAAGAACUGCAACGAGGGGGGAUGCGGACAUUGCAAUCGUACAUCGGCUACUAAUGGUACCGAAUGUCUUUGCCUACAUGCUGAAGAAAAUGCGCUUUUGGAAGCAGGAAGAGAUCGGGUGGAUGCCACUAUGUAUUGCAAUACAUGUCCGUGUUUGAAGUGCACCAUCAAGAUCAUCCAAAGCGGUGUCAAAAGAGUAGUCUACAAUUUGAGCUAUAAGGUAGAUGACGCUUCUGUACGAUUGUUUCAGGAGGCUGGAGUAGACAUCUUCCGACACGUUCCACCCCCUGAACCAUAA